ACACUGACUGCAGAGGUGGCAGCCAUCUCCUACUCAGCAUCAUGGCUGCCCUCAGACCUCUGGUGAAGCCCAAGAUUGUUAAAAAGAGGACCAAGAAGUUCAUCCAGCACCAGUCAGACCAAUAUGUCGAAAUUAAGCACAACUGGUGGAAACCCAGAGGCGUUGACAAUAGGUUGUGCAGAAGAUUCAAGGGCCAGAUCUUGAUGCCCAACACUGGUUACAGAAGCAGCCAGAAAACAAAGCACAUACUGCCCAGUGGCUUCCUGAAGUUCCUAGUCCAUAACGUCAAGGAGCUUGAAGUGCUCCUGAUGUGCAACGGAUCUUACUGUGCAGAGAUUGCUCACAGUGUCCCCUCCAAGAACCACAACGCCAUGUGGAAAGCAGCCAGCUGGCGAUCAGUCACUAAUCCCAGUGCCAUGCUGUACAGUGAAGAAAAUGAAUACAGACAGCUUAUAUGCAUCAUAUUUGUGUUAAUAAAACCAUAA